GAUCAGUUUUGGUUUUAUCAGUUUGCAUUUGCUAUCAGGUCCUGUAGUGAUAGUUUGGCAUUUUUUUCAUCUCUCAAUUUUCUUCUCUUUUAAACAUAUUUUGGAUAGUUAUUAAUUAAUCAUAAUGGCAUUUGCAGCUCUGAAUAUAGUUAGAUCUUUUUCUUCAUCUUCUGUAAUGAAUUUGGCUUUGAAGAAUGUUACUGUCAUCGGCAGUGGUUUAAUGGGAUCCGGAAUUGCCCAAGUAGCUGCUCAAACUGGCCAUCAUGUUACAUUAGUUGAUGUCUCAGAUCCUAUUUUGCAAAAAGCAUCAUCAAGAAUAGAAAAGAGUUUAGAAAGAGUUGCAAAAAAGAAAUUUCAUGAUAAAGAAUCAGAAAGUGAAAAAUUUAUGAAAGAAACUCUGCAGAGGUUAAAAACCUCAACUAAUGCAGCUGAUUCAGUAAAAGAAGCUGAUAUUGUAAUUGAAGCAAUUGUAGAAAAUAUGAAAGUAAAGCAUGAAUUAUUUAAGACUCUUGACAAGGCUGCUCCUAAAUCUACAUUAUUUGCAAGCAACACUUCAUCACUAUCCAUUACUGAAAUUGCAAGUGUAACAGAUAGGAAAGAUCGCUUUGGAGGGCUUCACUUUUUCAAUCCAGUACCUGUUAUGAAACUUCUCGAAGUUAUUAGGACUCAGGAAACUAGUGAUGACACUUACAACAAAAUGAUGACAUUUGGAAAAGAACUUGGGAAAACAACUAUUACAUGCAAGGAUACUCCUGGAUUUGUAGUUAAUAGAUUAUUAGUGCCAUAUAUGGGAGAAGCAGUUAGAAUGUUGGAAAGAGGUGAUGCAACUGCCAGAGAUAUCGACACAGCAAUGAAAUUAGGAGCAGGUUAUCCAAUGGGUCCUUUUGAAUUGUUAGAUUAUGUUGGUCUUGAUACUACUCUGUUUAUCCUUGAAGGUUGGCAGGAAAAAUAUCCUGACAAUCCUCUCUUUCAACCAUCUGAGAUGCUGAAGAAGCUUGUUAGUGAAGGAAAGCUCGGAAUGAAAACUGGAGAGGGAUUUUAUAAGCACCAAAAGUAAUCGCUGAGUUCUUAUGCAGCUGUGUAUAACCUAUUAUCAAAGUACUGGCCUUCAAAGGGGAAUUUCUGCACUAUUGAACAGCAUGUUAUAUUCUCGUAAUUGAUCAUGAAUAAUUGUGUACCUGAUUGUUGUGAAAUUAUUUGUAAUGACUUCAAAUAUAUAUAUAAUUGGGAGAUUUCAAUGUUUUUACAGUGCCUUGAUAGCGAAUCGAAAGCCAAAUAAAAUAUUUUUUAUUCUUUUUCA